CCCCAGCUCCGCAGCAGCUCCGCCAACAGCUCGCGACGCAGCCGCCCCUCAGCGAAGGCGAGGGCCUCAGUGCCUAUGUCUCGAACCUGACCGGCAACCCCUUCUUCACCGCCGUACGUGUGUCAACCCAUUCCUACCGCACCGCAUGAGGCAAUGUGCUUAUGGUCGCCAUAGGGCUUUGGCCUCGCAGCGCUUGCCGCCGCAGCCCGCAUCGGCCAAAAGGGGCUCCAGCAUGGCGCCUCGCUGCUGCGCCGCCGUAUGCUCGUCGACCUGGAGAUCACCCGCCACGACGAGGCAUAUCCGUGGCUCCUCCAAUGGAUGACGGCCUUUCACAGGGCCCAGGCCGCAGGUGCAGAGCUCUCCGCACAACCGCAUACCGCGAAGAAAGGCGGCCUCUUGACCUCAGUAAUCAGUCGACUCAAUCCGCGCCUGCACCACCUCCAAGUUCGAACGUUGCAACCAAUCGACGGACCUUCCAGCGCCGCCCAUUUCUCCUUCGUUCCCGGCCAUGGCAAGCACAUCCUCCGUUAUGGCUCAGCCUUUCUCAUGGUCGAUCGGCAGCGUGAGAAGAGCAUCAACAUAGGCACCGCCGAGCCAUUUGAAACCAUCACCCUCACCACCCUCUAUGCCCACCGCCACAUCUUCGAGCGCAUCUUUACCGAAGCACACCAGUUGUUCCAGCAGAUGCAGGAAGGGAAGACGCUCAUCUACAAUUCCAUGGGGCCUGACUGGCAACAGUUUGGAGAGGCGAAGCGAAAGCGUCCUCUGGACUCGGUCGUGCUGGAGCGCGGGGUGAAGGAGCGCAUCGUGGAAGAUGUGCAAGCAUUCCUAGCUGCACGGACCUGGUAUUUGGACCGGGGCAUACCAUAUCGGCGAGGGUACCUGCUGUACGGUCCUCCAGGCACAGGCAAAAGCUCCUUUAUCCAGGCAUUGGCGGGGCAUUUGGAUUUCAACAUUGCCAUUCUCAACGUCAGCGAGCGCGGCUUGACGGAUGAUCGAUUGAACCAUCUCUUGACCAGGGUCCCCCGACGGACAAUCGUCCUGCUCGAGGACGUUGAUGUCGCAUUCGUCAACCGCAGGAAGCCCGGCGCAGACGGGUAUGCUGGUGCGACUGUGACCUUCUCGGGUCUGCUCAAUGCGCUCGACGGCGUUGCGAGUGCAGAGGAACGCAUCAUCUUCUUGACCACCAACCACGUCGAGAAGUUGGACGAGGCACUGAUCCGGCCGGGACGGGUGGAUAUGACGGUCCGGCUGGGUGAGGCGACCGAGUACCAAAUCGAAGGGAUAUGGGAUCGGUUCUAUGCCGACGUCGACCCCACGGGGGAGGCAAAGCAGCGUUUCAUGGCACGGGCAAAGGAGCUGGGGCUGGUAAACUCGGUGAGCACAGCAGCGCUCCAGGGAUUGUUCCUGUACAACAAGGACGACGUCGAGGGCGCCAUCAGCAUGAUGGAGGGUCUAAGUGCGGGGAAGGACAGACGGCAGCAGCCGCAUGUUGACCACAGCGGCCACGUGGAUGUAGCGUGAGCGGAAAAACGUGGGGGUAGCGUUUACCGAUUUCUGUACCUAUGUCACUGUAUAACGUCGCGUCGGGUAGAUAGCAUGUUGUACGAAUAGAAGUUGUAAACGGAGAUG